GUCAACUAUAGCAUCAUUGGUAUUAACACAUCUAUAUAUUACCACCGCGAAUCAGGCCGCAGCCGUACACUGCGUAGUUAAAAUUUGUAAUCGAGUUAUUCUGUUUGAAGUUGGUUAUUAUUAUUUUCACAAGUAAAUAAUUAGGGAUAAUCCGACAUUUUAAAAUACCUAGGAUUUUAUUAUAACACUAAAAAUGACUGUUAUUACGAUACCGUCGAAUGAGAAGAAAUCCGAUAACGUCCCUUUAGUAACUAACAUCGAAGUUGACCCAUUGUCUCAGGGAAAAGAUAUUGAAGCUGGUCUUAAAAGUAAUGAAAAUGCUAGCAAGUCAAGAUUAAUGGUAGUGAUUAAUAAUCGUGUGUCUCCAUUAGCACUAGUUUAUAUUUUAUUGAUGACUUUACUUAUCACAUUUAUGAUGUUUUAUGGAGAAUGCAUUUACAGAGCCAUUGGGAAUGCUUUCCGUGAAGAGGAUGAUGCUUUUUAUGGAACUGGUACUAUAGCCUUGAAUGAUAAAUUACAACUUCCAUUGCAAGAAAUGAAUGAUUAUGACAUCAACCAGUUUAAUAAUGAUAUGGAAGCUGAAUUCAAAAAACUUGAAAACUUUGCAUUGAAUAUGGAAAAAUUAAACAGUCAAAUGUUGGGUUCAGAUGAUGCUAUUUCAGAAUUUAAAGAAGAUUUUGAACUGGAUUUAAAAGACGAUAGUUAUGAAAAAAUUGCUCCUUCUUUACCAAAUGCUAACUCAGCACGUUUCAUUCACGAUUUUAGUGCUAAUGUUUCUGGAAUUGUUGAUGUUGAAGGAAAACGUUGUUUUGUUAUGCCUUUAAAUCGUAGCUCAGUAUUACCACCCACUUCGUUAUAUGAUCUAUUGUUUAAAAUGUCUAGUGGUUACUAUUCGGUUGAUACAAAGAAUAUGAUGCAUAACAUGCGAAUAGUCACUCCAGCUGUCAAAGAUCUUUCUAAUUAUGGAAUAUAUGUCGCCAAAGACUGUGCUGCAUAUCCAGUAUAUAAGUUGGAAAAAAUAGUUUCUGGAGUAUUUAAACGGAGUGCACCUACAGGAAGCAAGACAUUUUCUGCAUUCUCUGGAAACAUGGAUUCGUUCCAUAUAGUCAAUUAUCAUGACAUACAAUAAAUUUGAUCUCUAAUUAUAUAAUUUCUGUUAAAUAAUUUUUUAAUUUCAAUGUUUUUAACUUUGAAUACCAGCAAUAUCAAUUUAUUAAUGGUUACUAUUUUUAUUUGUUAACAAAAUUAUCAUAUAUUAAUUUAAUUUCUAUUAUUCUCAAUCAUAGUUGUGCUUUAUUUAUUUUAUUUUUAUGUAUAUUUGACGGUGUAGUGAUUCCAGUAUAUUUGCAUAUGAUCUAAUUUUUAAUAAAAACUUUUUAAUCAUUUGGACAUAAGAUUAAAUAUUAAAUUUAUACUAUUAUAUUGGUUUUUCAAAAAAGAAAAGUAAUUUAAGAACCUAAUAUUUUUUUGUUCAUUAAAUAAGUACCUACUAUUUAGGAAUGAAUAUUUAAUAAAUAGUCAUUUAUUCAUGAAUAUUUGUGAAAUGUAUAGUUAUGAUAUGAAAUUAUUUUUUAGUUUUUAAAAUAUAAAAUGUUAUAAUAACUUAAAAUAAAUACUGUUUUUACUUAAAGAUAAUAAUUUUGUAUUUUACUAAAUCACUCAAGGGUUAGAAGCUAAAUUAAUAAAAUUUAAAGGUUGAUGGGUGGUUAUAUAGAUAUUGGAAAUAUUUCUGUAGACAUUUGUCUUAUUUUAACUAUUUUUGGUAAUAACUUAAAAUUAUCUGUUUGUAAACUAUGAAAUAAAUAGAUAUUAAUUUUACCAUGA